AACCGAGCACGCGGAAACCCUAACUUCCUCUUAACAAGUGCACGCGCGCUGACGAAAUAAAAAGCGAUUUAAUCAACACCUGUUUACAAGAAAUUCCAGCGGAAGUAUCUCCCACUGUGUGUUGUAUUUGAACGGAAAUUCCGGUAUCCUAACGUUGAUAGAAUAUCAAUUUACAUCAGAUAUGACUCUCUGUCUUGGGAAAAGUGUUUUAUAAUAUUCUUUGUGAACAUAUAGUGAAAAUCUAUAAGGGGAUUCAAUUCCUGGGGCACCGACAAAAUGGCGGACAAUAGCUCUCUCCAACAGGAGCACUGUUACGCUUGGUUGGAGGAGGAGGAUCUUCCGAGCAAUGCCACGUUAGAUGACGUCAACACCCGAUUCAGAGCCCGGAAUUUCGGUGGCAUCAUCUUUGUCACGGUGCUUUGUAUAGUUGGAGUUAUUGGAAACUUUCACGUUCUGAUGGUGUAUCUGCUUCGAUACAAGAGGUCGUCCUAUAGAACUUACAUCUUAUUUCUGGGGGCCCUGGACAUGACAAACUCCACUAUUAGUAUGCCUCUGACGAUCGUCUACCUCAGUUUUCCUCUCGAGUUCUUUAACGACUUCUUUUGCAAGGUAUACCGGUUCUUCUUGUAUUAUGUGAGCAUUGCAUCAACGAUAAUCUUGGUUAUUGUUGCGGUUGAUCGAUACAGAAAAAUUAAGACACCUUUCAAGCGUCAAUGGACCAAAAAGCAGACAUUUCGAAUAUGUUUGGCGGGAUUAUUUUCAGGUUUAGUGUUUGCUUGGCCGGCACCGAUUCUGUACGGGGGGAGGAAUGUGCCUUUACCGGUCAAUAAUUUGACUGGACACCGGUGUUACAUUGAAGAUAAAUUCAAAAAUACACCGUUUACCGCAGUGUUUAACGUCAUUUUGACGUCACUAUUCAUUUUGAUCCUGACCACUCUCGUGAUACUGUAUCAUUUCAUUUGGAAAGUCGUGAAGAACCACGUUAACUUUACCAUGCACUCUGAAUCAAUGCACUCUCUCUCAGUAGACUUGGACAAGUUGAACGGUUCUGGAAACCAGCACUCGGAUAAAACCGUCAAGAACCACAAGUACCAGCGGCUCCGACGGACCACCAUUACGCUUCUAUCGGUAACCAUUGGUUACCUUGUGUCAGCGUUCCCGCAUCACUGUUUAGCUUUGGUCAUCUUCUUGUUUCCGGAGACGGAGUGUAACAUGUCCUUUAGCGGCAGUGUGGUUUAUUAUACCUUUGUGUGGAUAUUCCUGGUUAAUAAUGUGAUUAACCCAGUUAUCUAUUCAUUUUCUGAUGUCAGAUUUUUAAAGCAGCUGAAAUCAUUUUAUGACUGUACAGGUCAGAAACUGAUUCCAUUUACUAAUUGUACAAGUCAGUAUGAUACUGAGUCCAGUUAACAAAAUUUUUUUUUUUUGGGGGGGGGGGGGUGGAUUUAAUCAUCAUUGUGCUGUGUGAUUAAGUCUUCAAUAUGUAAAAAAUUUGGUGCU